AUGUAGGAAUGUUAUGUCAAACAAAAAAGAUUAUGAAGAUGGUUUUUAUACAGAAAAUAAUUAAUUUGGCUAAUUUAAAAAAACCCUUCAAAAUAAUUGUGGAUAAUCAGUCAUUGGUGAGUAAUGAGAUUAUUUGUUUACUGGGGCUUAAUUUAAUUUUAUCAUCAUCUUUCUAGCACAGAAGUAUAAGAUAUAUCAUCCAAAUUUUAGAAAUUAUAUCAUGAAAUUUGGGGGGAAGGGGGAGGUUUGUGUCUACUACCCAGUUCUCAUUAAUCUUCAUAGAGACUGAGCUGGCCAUUUCCAUUGUGAAUAGGGACUGAGAAAGCAAAUUCUCUUAUAUUUGUGAGACUUUCAUCCCAAUUUAUGUGAUAACAAAGAACAGGUUAUCUUUGUCUGAAGUAUAAACAAGAUAAAAACACCUUCAGCAAAGAUUCUGAAAAUGAAUAUACUUACAUAAUACAUAUUUAAGUUUAAUUCUUUAAAAUACAAAGGGAAAGAAAGUAACUGUCAUACAACACAAUGAAAGCUCCUAAUUAUGAUGGUUUGGAAUGGAAAAAGUAAUUGGCUAUUGCAUUUGAUUGAUGAUUUACAAUAAAAUUUGUAAAAUCAUGUAAUAAAAUGCUGUAUUAUAUUAAAAAAAAAAAAAUCUUUCUUUUCUCCAUUGAGGUUGUUGAAAUAAGCAGGAGUUCCAUUCUCACCUUAGUCCUACAUGACUAAUUCUCAUUAAGCUUUGUGUGAGCCAAAGCAAGUGUGAUUACAGAAUAUGUCCCAAGUAUUUUAUUGGGUCGAAAUCCCCCAUGGAACAAGAAUCCUAAUGCAGAAGUAGUGUGGCUUAAUUAAGAUUUCAGUGAGAAUUUCAGCCUUCCAUUAUUAAGGGAAAUAUGCAAAGUAACUGGAGAUUUGUAUUUAAGAUCCAGACUAGAAAUGCAUGGCUCCACAGAUUCAUAGUAGGAUAAUGGCUUUUUAAAGAAAAACUACACACUAAUUCAUACUGUUACUUUGUUGUGCAUUAGUAAUUAUUUCUGUAUUUUUCACAUAAUAUUAAGACAUUUAAGGAAAAAGGACUAACAAAGAGUUGACUCCCAAAGUAGUAGAAAAUACUACUGGUAGUUUUGUACUCCAAAAAGUUCAAUGGUUCAUUUUCCCUUCACUAUUACCAAGGAAAUUCUCAAUUCUGAAGAAAACUUCCUCAGUUUGAAAGGUCUGUGAAUGGCUUAGUCCCAAAUGCUCGUGUAGUAUAAAUUUCUAUAGUGUCAUUAAAGUCAACGGAAUGACACCAGCUAAAAUCAAGUGAGUAUCUGGCCCAUGAAGAUUCAGGAAUUGUAUAUAACUGCUUUAUAUGGUUUCAUAUAAUAGCUCAAUUAGUCUGUUGAUUUCCCAGGACAGGAUGAUGGAUACUUCUCUGACUGACCUUGAAUGUCACUCUGGAGAAGACUUUUAAAGCAGUUAUAAGCCAGUUAUAUGGUCCUACCUGGUGGAUGAAAAUUUGAGGUAAAAACUGAAUGGAUUUUUUUUUUUUUUUUACUAUAUCUGUUUCAAGAAAGAUAGAAAUCUGUAAUCUUUAAGGAUUCUCAGGUUCUCAAUUUGGAUCUUCAGGUCGCCUCAGCAUCGUUAUAUGGCAAUAGAUAACUGUGGAUAUUACAGAAUAAAUGACAAAAAAAAUCUUUUAGCUUUUUUUGAGAAAUGUCAUUAUUUGUGAAGGACUAGUAGUGAAAAUUCUGAGCCAAAUAUUUGGAUGAAAUCAAGAGAUAUGUGGUGCUUUAUAGUAAAUGAGGAUUUGGCCCGUUAUAGACAUCAGCAGGCCAUUUAAUACUAUUCACCAAUUACAUGAACACAAAUACAAAUAUGUCCAGGGAGUA